AUGGCGAAAAGCCCGAAGGAGGAGGACCGUAUGAAGGCCGUUUUCGGCACUGGCGUUGAUGGGAAGGUGGGAGAGGGAUGUGAGGAGGACAAAGCGGCUGCUGCUGCUGAGGGCCAGAGCGGUAGGCGGCAUUGAUGCACUGCAUGGACUGAUGGACUGAUGGAUGGAUGCGCUGCUCCUGCCUAUCGUAGCUGACAGUGGUGGCGGCGCGGCUCUGUCGCUUAUGGACAAGUUCAAGGAUCUGUCCAUCUUUGAAGAGAACGGUGGUAGGAACGGGAGAGGUGGCAGGGAUGGCAUUGUUCUCUUGUUGGUUGGCCUCGUGUUCGUCAGGGUCGGUGUCUGCGGGUGGAAGCAUCCUCGACGUCGGUAAGAAAGCGGGAAGCGGCUCACACACUGCACUGCUGUCGAUGUAUGUGUGUGCUGCUGUCGUUCUGCUCUCACAGUUUUGGACAAAGAUCAGCACAAGACGCGUCAGAACCUCUACGACGGUACCCAUGCAGCCCUCACAGAACCACACACCCACAUCCGCUGUGUUUGGUUGUCAGUGGGGGAGGACUUCUCACCUGUGGCCCUCGCUGACGGGUGGACAUCCACACACACAGAUGCGACGCACAGAGACAUGAUCCAUCGGCUCCCCUUCUACCUCUGCAGGGCGUUCAAGUACUCGAAGGUGGUGUUCUACUCAGACAGUGGGCCCACGAAGCAAGUACAACGGACCCAGCUGCCCCCAUAUGAGCCUGCCUGAGUCCGUGGUGUGUGUGGUGUGUGUGGUGUGCGUGGUGUGUGUGGUGUGUGGCUGCAGGGCGACCUGUACGUGACGACGACGGCCGUCAGCCUCACUACCAAGGACAAUGGUGAGCCAAUGCAGCCGCUCACUCGUCUUUGUGUUAUUCUCCUGCCCUUCUGCCAGAGUUCGUGUGGGACUACACCAAGAUCGAGAAAUGCAUGCUACUCGGGGCGUAAGUGUGUGUUGCGAGGCUGCAGUUCCCACCCACUGCUUUGUGCGUGCCUUCCAGUGAGCUGCUCCUCACCUACAUGCACGAGGACAUCAAACUCAAAUUCGCCGUCCCCGUGAGCUCGAAAAGGGACAAAAGGAGGGGUGUGUUACGGUUGCAUGUGUUCACUGUCAGGCGGUGGCGUACGGUGCCGCCAUAGCGAUCCGCAGCAGCAGCGAGAAGGCAAACACGAGCAUCGAGUUCACGGUGGGCAAUCGGAUACAUAUAUGGCAUUAUUACAUGCAACCAAAUCAUUUUAUUGCUGUCGUUUCUCUUUCUGUAUGUGCAGGGCCUGGAGGUCGCUGAGAAGUCGCUCAACAAGGCCGUAGCUGAGGAGGCCGCGCAGAAGGCAGAGAAGGCGGACAUAGGUAAGAAGAACGCUCUGCACCAUUCACUCAUACACACAUGGAUGGAUGGAUGGAUGGAUGCUUGCCUUUCCGUAGGUGUGGCCAAGUUGUCUGAGUUGCCUGACUCGUCUGUGUGGAAGGAGGGUAGGAAGGAAGAAAUACAUAUCCAUGGGCCGAUGGAAAUGUCCGCUGCAUUUGCAGAUAAGGACCGGUCUGAGAGUCGCGUCUGGACAGCAGGUGAGCCCCUGAUCAUGUCCAUACACUCAUACAGCGGGAGAGAAACUGACGUCUGCCUGUGUCUCUUCGAUUUGUUUGCAGGGUCUGCCUUCGGCGGCGUGCAGCCCGGCCAGACGCACGAGGUGCAGCAGAGUGCACAGGCCGUGGCUGGCGGCGCACUCGAGCGGGCGUCAGGGGACACCUUCGAGCUGCUCGAGGCCGCAAUGGCGCACAGCAGCGGCCAGGGGCAACUGGCGGACACAGACGUGGGGCCACUCAAGUGACGGACAGACAGACUGACAGACAGUCCAUCGAUCCAUACGUGCGUGUGCGUGAAGGGUAUAGGGGGCUGUAGUUUCUGAGACGGACUAUAGGGGGCUGGGCGUUUCCUUCGUGUGUACACAUGGG